UGAGAACUUGGAGCUGAAAAUCAUCCAAAUUCCGAAAUAAGAAUAUUUAUGUUCUCUCAUUCAAAAUCAAUUACUACACGAAACCUCGGAAUUACAAAACGAAACUACUUUCACCGUCAUCCCUUCUUCCAACUUCAAUUACAAAGUAGGAGUCUUGGCACGAAGUAGUUCUUUUUGAUAAGAUUGAUUCCUUGUGUAUAUCAGUAGCCUCUGUUGUUUUAGCUGUCAAUUAUGGCGACUCGCGAAGGAAGAGUGUCGUAUCCAUCUAUGCCUACUCUAGAAAAGGACAAUGUUAAGUAUAAAUAUAUUGAUGACUUUGAUGAUGCGGCUUGGGGCUUACCGGAAAGCCAAAAUACUGAUUCAUAUAGCCCUGGCUCAUUGAAACAUGGUAAUCUUUAUCAGUUUCCUGUUGAGCCUGAAGACCAUUUUGAUGGAGGCUUUGGAUCCAAUGAUGAUCAUUACAAGAUCGUUCCACAUAAUGGUCCUCCAGAGGUGAAUUUGAAAAAUGUCAUGAGUGGGAUAUUUGCUAUUUUGACUGGGAGAAACAAAAAUUUGAAAGUUGGUGGAAGUCUGGAAUACUCUAAUUCAAAUGUUUCGUUCCUCGGAUCUGCAAAGAAUGGGGAUACGUACUUGCAUUCCUCAGUUUACACUCCAAGUGCUCCACCGCUUCUUGAACCAGCUGCAUUUGACUACAGUGCUUACAAAGAUUUAUUGGAAGCUGAACCUCCAGAAUGGCUACCUGACAGCUCUAGUAGAGGCUGCAUGCAGUGCAAUGCUCAAUUCACCGCUCUUACUCGGGGAAGACAUCACUGCCGGUUUUGUGGUGGGAUCUUCUGCAGGGAGUGCUCAAAAGGCAGGUGCUUAUUACCUGUAAAGUUCCGGGAGAGGAAUCCUCAGAGAGUGUGUGAUGCAUGCUAUGACCGGUUGGACCCGCUGCAGGGAGUGUUAAUAAAUACAAUUAGUAACGCAGUGCAGCGUGCUAAGCAUGAUGUGAUGGAUUGGACUUCUAUGAGAGGAUGGUUGAACCUGCCUGUUGGUUUGUCCAUGGAGCAUGAAAUUUAUAAAUCAGCCAUUACGCUCAGAUCAUACUCCCAGGUUGCUCGCUUGAACCCUGAGAAGUCCAUUCCUGCUGCCGUUCUGAAAGGAGCCAAAGGCUUGGCAAUCUUAACGGUUGCUAAAGGUGGGGUGAUACUUGCUUACAAGCUCGGCACUGGCUUAGUUAUUGCUAGAAGAUCUGAUGGAUCAUGGUCAGCUCCAUCAGCGCUUCUAUCUGUUGGCCUUGGUUGGGGUGCCCAGGUUGGUGGGGAGCUCAUGGACUUCAUAAUUGUGCUGCAUGACUCCAAAGCUGUGAAAACAUUCUGCAGUCGUAUGCAUUUUUCUCUAGGUGCGGGAUGUAGUGCUGCGGCAGGUCCAGUUGGCAGAGUUGUAGAGGCAGACUUGAGAGCUGGUGAUAGAGGAUCUGGCAUGUGCUAUACCUACAGCUGCAGUAAAGGUGAUAUAUUCUUGUGCCUUACAUUGCAUCCUUGGAUUAAUUGGAGUCUGUCAGUUUAGAUAUUUCAUGAUGCCAUUGCAGUUCAAAAGUUUUAACAACCAUGUUUUCUUGUCACUGAACCUGUGUAAUGUAUUUACAGUUUUCAAGAGUAUGUAUUACCAUGUUCUUUAUUCAGAAGUUGUGUAGCUGAUAGUAUCUAUAGAUGUGGAUGUUCUUGAUUCCCUUGGUGAUUCAUGCAUGAGCAUGUUGUGAAAUGAGAGCAAUUAGGUGUUUAUGGUAGAUGACAUUUUCUGAAGUAUACUAGGUACUCCUUGUACAUCGUUUUGCUGAUUUUUGACCUUCGGUAUUAAGAAGUGUUAAAAGGUACCUCAUACUCUUCUGUUAAGUUGAGAAUGAUGAGUUGUCUCACAGUAAGUCUAGCUAGGUCAGGUUAUGAAAGAAUUGAAUUUGUGGGAAUUCAUGGACUUUAGUUCAGUAAGGUUGGUUUAUGCUCAUUUUAGUGUUUGAUGUUUAUUGGUGGUGGUGGUUUACUCAGAAAUUUGGUUGAGCUUGAUGGUUUCUUGUAUGUAAUGUAAUGGAUGUGCUAAUUGCAUUCUUAUCUAUAACUAAAGUGAUGGUCUAAUUUUUCUUGGUAUUUUAUGCUUCAGGGGCAUUUGUCGGUGUUUCGCUUGAAGGGAACAUGGUGAUGACCAGGAUGGACACGAAUCUUCGCUUCUAUGGCGAUCCUUACCUUACCACAGCUGACAUCCUCCUUGGUACAGUGGACAAACCAAAGGCUGCUGAACCAUUAUAUGCUGCUCUUGGAGACCUUUACGCAAGCUUUGGGUGCUAGUACUCAGAUUAUCUCCUCCAACGAGUUUCAUGGAAAUUCUUCCGGAGCCAUGAAGGUGACAUCGAGUGUGGUUACCCAGUGAUCACAAUUCAGAUAAAGACGGAAGUGUACAUAUAUCAUCAAUGUGCAGCGGUUGGUAUACGUUUUUAUUCCAGAAAACGUCCAGGCUUAUCAUUUCUCCUUCGCCUUUCCUCCUCUUGUAAAUAUCUUAUUGUAUCCAUCGUGUUUAUACAUUCAUCGUUAAGCUCUCAAGUAACGGUAUUUGCCAAAUUUUCUUAAAUAUUGGAUGAUUUUUAUUGUUGUAUUUCCUAUGUUCCAAAAUAAUUGUCUAAUUUAGAUUUUCAUUUUAAGUACAAUUUAUACUAAAAGUGAAAUUCCAAAUUAGACCAUCAUUUCGGGACGGGACGAAGGGAGUACCUGAUAUUAAACGAGAAGAAUCAGUAAGCACUUGACAAAUAAGUAACUACGCCAUCUAUCUUCAUAGGAUAACAAACAAAACAAUUCCUGGAGCAAUGAGAGUGAUUCCUUUUGGAGGCUGCCCAACGCCAACUCUCUCCAUCUCGUUUGGAUUCCGGAUACGUUAGAAUCUUUUCUGAGUAUUUAUUUGCAUAAUGAAGAUUGAUAGUGAAGCUUUCCAAGCUCAGUCAAACUCAAGUUUGAACUUUGUUACAAACCUUAAAAGUCG